AUGCACCUCACUCGUUUCCUGGUCACAUUGGCGGUAGUGUUGUUCUCGGUGGUUGUUUUGGCUGCCGAGGACUACUACAAGGUGCUCGGGAUUGAUAAGUCCGCUUCGGAGAAAGACAUUAAGCGUGCAUACCGGAAUCUGAGCAAGAAGUAUCAUCCUGAUAAGAAUCCUAACGACGAGUCCGCUCGUGAGAAAUUUGUCGAAAUCGCAGACGCUUACGAUGUUCUCUCCACUUCCUCCCUACGCAAGGUCUACGAUCAAUACGGACAUGAAGGCGUUGAGCAACAGCGUCAAGGUGGUUCGGCAGGCGGACGUGGAAAUGACCCAUUUGACCUGUUUUCUCGCUUCUUCGGCGGUGGUGGUCAUUUCGGACAUGGAUCUGGACACCGCCGCGGACCCGAUAUGGAAGUGAAGGCUGCGUUGCCGCUUCGUGAUUUCUACAAGGGGCGCGAGAUCAACUUCCUAGUUGAGAAGCAGCAGAUCUGUGAUGAUUGUGAGGGAACAGGAUCCAAGGAUCGGGAGGUGACGACUUGCGAUCAGUGCGGAGGACAUGGUCGCGUGAUCAAGAAGCAUAUGCUCGCGCCGGGCAUGUUCCAGCAGGUGCAGAUGCCUUGUGAUAAGUGUGCGGGACAAGGAAAGAAGAUCAAGAAUCCCUGUCCUGUUUGUCAGGGCAACCGUGUUGUGCGGAAGGAGGUCGAGACGUCGGCUAGUAUCGAGCCGGGGAUGGGUCGGGGAACGCGGUUGGUCUUUGAGAAUGAGGCGGACGAGAGCCCAGACUGGGUUGCUGGCGACCUAAUUGUUAUUCUGGAUGAGAAGGAGCCGGAGCUCGGGGCUGAUGAUGAGGAGCGGACUGAUGGUACCUUUUUUAGGAGAAAGGGCAAGGAUCUUUUCUGGAAGGAGACGCUUUCGUUGAGGGAGGCUUGGAUGGGUGGAUGGUCGCGCAACUUGACGCAUCUUGAUGGACAUGUGGUCCGUCUUGGUCGUAACCGUGGAGAGGUUGUGCAGCCUUUGUCUGUUGAGACAAUUCAUGGCGAGGGAAUGCCUCAUUAUUCUGAGGGCCAUCUCCACGAUCACGUCCAUGAGGAGGAUCACCCUGGUAACCUCCUGGUUGAAUAUACCGUUGUUCUGCCUGAUCAGAUGGAGAGUGGUAUGGAGAAGGAUUUCCACGCUUUAUGGGAGAAGUGGCGCAAGAAGAUUGGCGUCGAUUUGGCCACGGAUAGCGGUCGACCGAUGCCUCCGCCGGCGGAGGACCUUAAGGACGAGCUAUGA